CACAUGUAGCACAACAUGGCCCCCGCCAGCCGGGCUGUUGUUGUGGUAGCGCUCUCGCUGCUGUACCUGUGUCAGGCGAUAUUCUCCACCGAGUACUUCUCCACUCUCACUUUGUUCAACAAUGAGCUCCACAAGCAGGGAUGCAGCUCGCUGUCCGAGUGGGAGGACUACGCUGCUGACUGCGAGUCUUCGAUUUUACAGUUGGAAGACCCCGACUGCGAGGAGGGAAGCAACCCGCCCUGCGAGUCGGUCUUUUCACUUAAUGCAGAGAAGAUUCUGAACCAGGCCAAGUUGUUUAUAGAACAGAAAAAAAUCCCCUUUCCUGUAGAUAACCAUAAUACAAACGAAGAACUUGCUAUAGGUUACGUUCUGAUAGGCAACGGUCUUUACGAUGAAGCCAUCAAACACUUCUCACUCCUAUUACAGAGUGACCCAGAGCUGGUCAGUGCCAUCUAUGGGAGAGGGAUAGCUUAUGGGAAGAAAAGUCUACAGGAUAUAAAGAAUGCUGACUUGGCGUUGUACGAGCUCAACAGAGUCAUCACCCUCGAGCCGAACUGGCCAGAGGUCUACGAACAAAGAGCAGAGAUCCUGUCUCCUCUGGGUCGUAUCAGUGAGGCUCUGGGUGACCUGACCAAAGCCAUCCAGCUGCAGCCCUCAGCUCGUCUCUACAGACACAGAGGGACACUGCUCUUCAUUUCAGAGGACUAUGUUGCAGCUAUGGAGGACUUCCAGCAAUCUUUAGAGCUAAAGAAGAAUCAACCUAUCGCUAUGCUCUAUAAAGGCCUCACCUUCUUCCACAGAGGCAUGCUCAAAGAAGCCAUUGAGACAUUCAAAGAGGCGUUGAAGUUGAAGUCUGACUUUAUAGAUGCCUAUAAGAGCCUUGGACAGGCCUACAGGGAGUUGGGUGAUUUUGAAUCAGCCAUGGAGAGCUUCCAGAAAGCUCUCAUGCUGAACCAGAAUCACAUCCAGUCUCUCCAGCUCAGAGGCAUGAUGCUGUACCACCAUGGCUCACUGCAGGAGGCCAUAGGCAACUUCAAGAGGUGUCUACAGUUGGAGCCUUACAAUGAAGUGUGUCAGUACAUGAAGGGGUUGAGUCAUGUGGCCAUGGGACAGUUUUAUGAAGGCAUCAAAGCUCAGACUAAAGUCAUGUUGAACGAUCCUCUGCUGGGACAAAAGGCCAGCUCUGAAUACCUCAAAGUGAAAUACCUCAGAGGUCUGUGGGCCUACACCUGCACACAAAAACACAUAGAUGUUCUGCCACAGAACUUUGAAAGCUACAGCAAUGAAGUUCAGAAGCUGAUCUGCACAGCCGACCAUCUGGGGGCGCUAAUGCAAUACGACACUCCUGGCUUCUUACCUAACAGGAGAAUACACAGAGCCAUGGGUUUGGCAACCCUGGAGGUGAUGCAGGCCAUGCAUCGGACGUGGAGCAACUCUAAAGUGCGAGUGAACGGCAAGACAAGGCAAAUGCAGUGGAGAGACAUGUUUGACAUAGCUGUCAAAUGGAGAAGGAUCGCUGAUCCAGACCAGCCAGUUCUGUGGUUAGACCAGAUGCCUGCCAGAAGUCUCAGUCGAGGCUUCAACAAUCACAUCAAUCUAAUCAGGGGACAGAUUAUCAACAUCAGAUACUUGGCCUACUUUGACAACAUCCUCGACUUCAUCAAAGACAGAAUACUGGUGUACCAUGGGGCGUACAACCCCAGAGGUCUCCUGGAGGUUCGCCAGGCUCUUGAAAAUGUGAAUAAAGUGGAAGAUCUGCUUCCAAUAAUGAAGUUCAACAGUAAAACCAGAGAUGGCUUCACGGUCAACUCCAAGGUGCCGAGCAUGAAGGACACUGGCAAAGAGUACGACGGUUUCACCAUCACCAUCACUGGAGACAGGGUGGGAAACAUGUUAUUCUCAGUAGAGACCCAGACGACAGAAGAGCGGACGCAGCAGUACCAGUCAGAGAUAGAGUCCAUCUAUAAAGACCUCACCGCCAAAGGAAAGGCAUUAAUGCUGUCCACCGAGUUAGGGGAUGCGGAUGCAGUGUGUAACCUGAUCCUCUCCUUGGUUUAUUACUUCUGCAACCUAAUGCCUCUUUCCAGAGGAUCCAGUGUGGUGGCCUACUCAGUCGUGAUGGGGGCAUUGAUGGCCAGUGGGAAGGAGGUCAUUGGGAGGAUCCCUAAAGGAAAGCUGGUGGAUUUUGAAGCCAUGACCACGCCCAGUCCCGACAGCUUCAGUAAAACAGCAAAGAGCUGGAUGAAUCUCAAGAGUUUACCGAGUUGGUACCAGAGUCUUCCGUCUGUAGCAGAGACCUUCCCAUCCACCAGAACGAUGAUCGAGGUCCUCAAUACAGACUCGUCUUCACAUUGUCCAAAGAAGUCUUAACACAACUUCUACUGCAACAGAGAAGUCGGUUUUAUGAAAGUCUUAACAAUAGAGCUUCUACACUGGGCAGAACAAAGGGACUGUCUUCUUCUGCAACCCAAACAACACUGAACUGAGAGCUUCAAAAGCAUCUCGCCACAAAUUGUUGAAAUUUUAUUCCAGAAUCAGGCAGCGUCUGCUCUCUUUGAGCCACGAUAUUCAUGCAAAUUCAAGAGAUUAGUUUCCUCUAUAAAACGCUGGUAUUCCUUUGGUUUACCAAAAACCCCUAUUUGUCUUAAUUUGGUGUCUAAAUGCUGCUUUGCGUGCUCUGUCACCUCCUUUAAACACAUCAAGUUUAUGUUGGAGUUCUUCCACUAUUUAUACUGCAGGUUGCUGUUGUCUAAACACAACAUUUGGCCUUACACACAAAGACACAGUGAUGAAUAUACCUGAGACCCACAACACAUUACUAACGGAGCAACAGUCAGUGAGAAGGUUUAAGUUACUUGUGUCAACAUGCUAAUUGGACGUCUGCGUGUCAUAGUUGUGGUUUAAGCAGCAGAUAAAUGCUGCUAGUUUAUCAACCAGUUACAUGAACUGGGUCACAUUUGGCAUAUUUUAAGCGGUUCAACAGCCAAACCGGCAUCUUCAUUUUCUUGUAAAUACAUCUUGAGCUCAGAGGACACGGUUCAGUAUCGAAGUAAAACAGUGCAGAUGCAUGUGGCAGCACUGUGUUUCUUUAGUUUCCACACUCCAGCUGUGUGGGGAGAUGGCAGAGGACCCUGAAAGCAGGGUGUUACGGGUUGUUUGGGAUGCAGAAGCGAUUCUGUCCACCUUCGCUCUUUCUCUGCUUUAUAGGCCUCAAGCUGAAAACACCCAAAGCACAAAACCCAUCUGUCCAACCGUCAGCAUGAACAAUCUUACGUUGCACAGUCAUGCCUAAAAAAAAAAAAAUCUCUAGCUUUAGAUUACUUAGAAUGUGAAGUCGUGUGUUGAGAAUAGUUUUGGGUCGGCACUGUCUGCUAGCUGAAAGGUUUUUAUUUAAAGAUUGUAAUUGGCACUUUAAAGUUUUCUUUGAACCACUGCUGUGCACACACACACAGUCCAGCCUAUCAGCAGAGAAUGAGUCUGAGGGAUUUUUAAAAUAUGGAACAAAACCUUCAGGGCUAUUGAAUUCCACUUGGGAUACUUGAAGCAGUCUCUUUUAUGAAUUAAGUUGUGUUGUUUCUUUUAUCGGGUGUAACAACCCUGCAUUCUUGUAAUGUGACCAAUGAUACGUUGGUAUAAAAAUGGGUCGACUGCUGAACUAACACAGGAGCAGCAGUCGGAGAUGUUAGAGAACUGUCAUACACAUUUUAUGUUGCUUUUUGCAUCAUAAAGUCUCAGUGUCGGGCCACAAAGAUGUAACCAUUACUUUGUUAAAAUGAAUCAGCAACAGGUUUGGUAAUCAUUUAAGUUGGCUGUUGAGUUAAAAUAACAAAUAUUGUUUUUAAAUUGAAGUCUAACAUACUCUCACAGGUCUAUUAAAGGAGAAAAAGGAGCAACACAAACCCUGGAUUUGACAACCAGAACAGCGAUUUUCUCGUAGUUUGAAUAAUAAUUGAUUCAUCGUAAAUAAACCACUGAGAGAUGAAUCUAAAGGGAGCCAAUCAUUCAUUGUGCGACUGGCUUCAUGUCUCCAGGACGAUGCGCUGAAGUAGAGAAGAAGCUGUUGUCAGUUUCUAUCAAAAAUCUCUGAGACAGUGCAUUAAAAUUUUAAGGUUUAUUUUGUUAAACUUGACUUUUCGUAUAAAUCCAAACCUGAGCUUUCCUUAGAAGAAGCUAAAAAUUGAAGCUCCUGAUUGUCCUCCAACAUCUCUGACUGUUGCUCCGUGAGGAUUAUUUACAGAUGGGGGGAAAAGCACACCACAUACUGUCAUUUCCUUAGCUGUCAUUCCUUAAGCUUGCAUUGGAAGCCAUCUGUGUCUCUCACAUUUCUUUUCUUUGGACUUUGAUAUGAUCUCGUAGAUUAGAUUUGCUUGUACGAGCCGUUCUUUACGACACCUCAGAGCAAUAUUUCGGGAGGGAAGAGCUCACGUCCCUCCAGAUGUCUUCAUGAUGAAACAGUGUCUGUACUUUAUUCCUUAUACAAAUUCUCAUCAGGCUUACUGCUACCUGGAGAAGCCCUUCGUGGCAACAACAAAUGAGUAAUUGGCUGUAAAUUUUAAUUUUGCUAUAAAUUUCUCACAAAUUGAUUUCAGAUCUCUUCGAGGUCGACGAACAGUGGUCGACGUUUUCAUGGAAAUGGAUGCAAAUCGUUAAGCUGAUGAUAUUUCAUGUUUUCCAGAACUCAAAAUAGUUGAGUUUUCGGCAAGUUAUUUGUUGGAUGUGAUGUUUACAUGCAGCAGCGUGGAGUAACAAAAUACUCUGAUGUUAAGGCUGCGUUGUUGUGAACGCAGCAGCUGCCUGGGAUCAAGCACAAGGAGGACAAAAGGCCCGGGAUAAACCACCUGACCUGAAAGUAUUUUAGAGGCCUUUAAUACCUAAUGUGUCAUCAUUUAAGGUUUUAUUAAUCUUGCAGUAGUUCUCAGUUGAAUGUCCAGUUUCCUAAUUUUGCUGUGCGUGUUUCAGAUCAUUUCUACCAAGAACAAGCCGAUCUCUUCGGUUUCAUAUCUAAUUUAUUUCCUGCUUUACGGUCAGGUCCCUCACGCGUUUGAUUUUGUUUGUUCCCUCUUCUUUCAUAUCAGCGGUGGCGUUGAGUGGUUGUGAUUUUUAUUUUCUGUCCCGGUCAUUAAGUGCUACGAUGGGCUUUGGAGCGAGGAGUGCACAAGCUAUCUUACAUCUUAAAACUUGAAGGAGGGAAUUUUUUUUUAUUGAAUGAAUGUUCAGCAGUCAAUAAAACUGGUUGACAAUUUUA